AUGUCACACUUGCUUUGGUAUCUCUUGGGACCUAGUGGUCCACAGCAGCUGAAGCGUGUCCUUCUGCCCCUUGCCAGUCCCAGUGACUCCAAGCAGUGCAAAGAGAAGAAGUAUGAUUACUACAGCCUGCCGAAAACCUCUGUUGUGAUAGCUUUUUAUAAUGAGGCUUGGUCAACACUUCUGCGAACUGUCCAUAGUGUUCUUGAGACAUCUCCAGAUAUACUUUUGGAAGAAAUUAUCCUUGUAGAUGAUUACAGUGACAAAGAACAUUUAAAGGAGAGUUUGGAGAGCUACGUGGCCGGCUUACGCAAGGUGCGGCUCAUCCGCGCAAACAAGCGAGAGGGGCUGGUUCGAGCCCGCCUCCUGGGGGCAUCUGUGGCCAAGGGAGACAUCCUGACCUUCCUGGACUGCCACUGCGAGUGCCACGAGGGCUGGCUGGAGCCACUCCUGGCCAGGAUUGCGGAAGAAGAAUCGGCUGUCGUCUGCCCUGUUAUCGAUGUUAUUGACUGGAACACGUUUGAGUACUUGGGAAAUGCUGGUGAGCCCCAGAUUGGUGGAUUUGACUGGAGGCUGGUCUUCACUUGGCACGUUACCCCUGAAAGAGAACAGAAACGGAGGAAGUCCAAGACCGAUGUGAUCAGGUCUCCAACCAUGGCAGGUGGAUUGUUUUCUGUGAGCAAGAAGUACUUUGAUUAUCUUGGUUCAUAUGACACAGGAAUGGAAGUCUGGGGAGGAGAAAACCUUGAAUUCUCAUUUAGGAUAUGGCAGUGUGGAGGAAGCCUGGAGAUCCACCCUUGCUCACACGUGGGUCACGUGUUCCCCAAACAAGCUCCUUACUCGCGGUCCAAAGCUCUGGCAAACAGCGUGCGUGCCGCUGAGGUGUGGAUGGACGGCUACAAGGAGAUCUACUACCACCGGAACCCACACGCCCGCCUGGAACCAUAUGGAGAUGUGACAGAAAGGAGACUACUUCGAGAGAAGCUGAAAUGUAAGGACUUCAAAUGGUUCUUGGAGAACGUGUACCCAGAACUUCACGUACCUGAGGACAGACCAGGCUUCUUUGGAAUG